AGUUGCGGGACAUCUUUUCCAUUCGUUAGAUCAAUCAAAUGGCUACAAAUCACCACUACCCUUUAAGACUUUAAACCUUUUUUUGACCCAAAAACAUAUCAAACUCCAUUUCUAUCUUUCUCCUUCAUCGAUUAAUCAAAUGGCUACAAAUCACCACUACCUUUUAAGACUUUAAACCUUUUUUUGACCCAGAAAAAUAUCAAACUCCAUUUCUAUAUUUCUCCUUCAUCGAUCUACAGCUAAAUAUGAAAACCUGGUUUCUUUCUUUCUCCUUCGUCGAUCUACAGCAAAAUAUCAAGACCCGAUUUUGAAUUUCUGCCUUUUUCUUUCGUCGAUCUGCACCAUCUUGUGCGUAUGGACUCGAAUGACCAAAGCAAUGACAGUCUUCAUCGAUUUACACCAUCUUCAUCUUGAGACCCUUUUGUUAGGGAUUAUUCAUCGAUUUACAUCUUCUGUUUGAGGUAGGGAUUUUUGGGCUUCUUUGAAUGAUGGAAUUUUGAGGGGUAGCUGCAUUUCACAUUUAUAUAUGGUCAUGGAUUCUGAAUUUGUUGAUGUAUCACAAGGAGAUGUAGGUUCUUCCUCAUCAAAUAUGCAGACUUAUGUUCCUAAUGUAGUGUGCGAAAAAAUUCCAAAAAUUGGACAAGAGUUCGAAUCAUUGGACGAAUCUCAAAACUAUUACAAUGAAUAUGCUAGGGAGGCUGGUUUUAGUGUUCGAUUGUCUUCUACGAAGAGGAACAAAUCUAAUGAAUUUAUUAGAAGGGAAUUCGUUUGCUUCAAAGAAGGGAUUCGGGAAGAAGGAAGUUCAAAAUCUAAUUGUAUUAGGAAACGUGGUUUAACUAGAGAAGGUUGUAAGGCAAAGAUGACUGUUGUGAAGUCAACUUCUAAGCCAGUUUUUGUUGUUACCCAAUUUCAUGUGAUCCAUAAUCAUAUACUUACAACACCAAGGAAGGUGCAUAUGUUACGGUCUCAUCGUUCCAUGUCAAAUUGGGAAUUAUGGAGCUCUAUUUGUGUAGUUCGAGUCUUUUUCUUAGUCGCCAGCUUAUUCGUGUAGUAAGGAUCAUUGUUCAGAUUCAAAGAGUGAAACCAUAUUGAGAAAUUGUUGUUCUUGAUAUGUUUUUUGAUAAACAAAAUUAUUGUUCUUGAUGGUGUUA